AAAAAAGAAAAACGGAGCCAAAAGAAUCAGAAAUUACACCUCGACUUCUAAGCCACAUCUUCGAUGAUAGUCUUCGCGAAGAUUGGAUACUAAGAAAGAAUAGUCGUGAUCGUCUUAAAUAUGGUGCUGGUGAAUUUGGAAGAUUCACAGCAGUGGAUAGAAUAGACCAAGGAGAA